ACCUUCAACCCAGCCACUCAGCCUCGUCUGAGACUCAGGGUGGAAACGCGCCCAUCCCUUCCAUCUGUUGUCUCAUAGCACUGGGCAAUCAUGCAUGGGUCGUCUCAGCCGCCCGCUGACCCCCCUGCGGAGGCCGAAUACGAAGAGGACGAUGUCAUUAGCGGCGCCGCAGGAGACGAGGUGAUGGAGGAUGCGGAGGAACAGGAGGAGGGAUACAGCUCUUCCACCCCGACGUCCACACUAACGUGGAUCAGCUGGUUCUGCUCACUGCCAGGACAUGAGUACUUCUGUGAAGUGGCGGAAGACUUCAUAGAAGACGACUUCAAUUUGACUGGCCUCAAUGCCAUGGUUCCAUUUUGGAAGGAGGCGAUGGAAAUGGUUCUUGAUGUCGAACCAGACGAGGAUGCAUCAAAAAUCCCUGAUGUCUCCAUAGUUGAGGCAUCAGCAGAACUACUCUACGGACUUGUACACCAGCGAUAUAUCCUCACACGCGCGGGAUUGCAAGCGAUGGUCGACAAGUACGAGGCAGGCAUAUUCGGAUCAUGCCCACGCGUGUACUGCAAUGGAACAAGCGUCGUCCCCUGUGGACGCUCCGACCACCCUGGACUCGACACCGUGAAACUGUUUUGCCCGAACUGUAACGACAUAUAUACCCCGCCAAGCAGCCGUUUUCAGGGCGUCGAUGGCGCAUUUUUCGGGACGACAUUCGCGCAUCUCUUUUUCCAGAGCUACCGAGAGCUCGCCCCCGCACCGUUCUGGAAACCCCCAUCCUCAACAAGUUCCUCUGGAUCCCCGCACUCUUCUGCAUCGGCUGGCUCUCCAGUCGAGUCACAACCUUUUGUGAACCCGAAUCCUCAUGGAGGGCAGAAGAAGGCCGCCGGAAGGAUAUAUGUUCCAAAGAUAUACGGCUUCAAGGUAAGCGACCGCGCGAUGAGCGGACCACGCAUGCAAUGGAUGCGACUCCGGCCAUGGAGUCCGGAUGAGCUAGAUGAGGUCGACUGGAGGGGAAGGUUCAUCGACGAUGACGAUGACUAUGCAGAUGAGGAGGAAGAUGAUGUCGACGAGGACAGACCGAUGGAGGACUUUGAUCCGGAUGCUGUGGAAGGCGAAGAUGAUGACGACGAGGAAGAGGAGGAAGAGGAGGCACCGUCUCCGGAUAUGAGGAGCAGGAGAGUGAUGGACGCUGGAUCAGAUCUUGCAGUCCAGUCACCCACACCGCCGCGUGGGUCUCCACAAUCAACAACGAAUGUGUCCGCGCAACCACUUCGGGAUGUGUCAGGGCCUGGCGUCAUCAACAGAGCGCUGCUGGAGCAAAUUGCUGGCUCUGGCUCGAAGGUCCGGGUGGUGAAGCAGUGGAACGCGACACCGGGGGAGACGACCCAAGUUUUCUAGACAAUUGCCCUCGUAAUACAUCUUUGUGAACUGCAUUCUUGGUGAGAAUGCGGAAGCCCUCCUGUACCCGUGCAACUGUGGCCCUGUGCUGGUACCUACAUUCACAGACGCGCAUUAAUCGCAUUAGACCAUAUCCUUCCCGGGACCAGGACCCG